GUGGUGCGAUUUGGAAGUCGUUAGUGGUUUUGCUGUGUGGCUGAGUGUAUCUUUACGUUUUUUUUUCUCUGGAAUAAUAAUUUCAAAUACAUAUUCCUUUGCAUUAUUCAAACAAGUGACUACUUCAGCAAGUCGCUGAUACUUUCAAAAUACUUGGUAUCAGUAUUGCGUCGGUGCGAUAUAUUUCGUUUUGAAAUUGUGGAACAAGUUUUUUAAUCGGCUAUGCGGUUUGAUUCGCUGGUGGUCCAGACAAAAAAAAUGUAAAUUGGUUGCAAAUUUUCAAUACUGAAGAAACAGCAACAAUUCUGGUAUUGAGUCUAGAGAAGAGAACGAGAUAAAAAUUCAACAUGCCAGUUUGUGCGAGAGUUUUCUCGGAUUCAUUGAGUGGAAUUUGGCAUCAGUGCUAGUAGUGGUGAAUAUUUUGCGGGUUGCCGUGUUUACUCUCUUUAUCGCGGAGAAACGAAGCGGGAAUAAUGUUGCAUUUUCUCUCUCACGAUAUGUGAAGAAAGUUUUUUUGCCAAGUGUUCUAUCACUUUAAAACCCUCGAAGACGUAGACGCCGCUACUAAUAAAGAACUUAACUUUUAUCUUUAGAAAAGUCUUAAUGGAUUCUGCAUGUAAUACACAAGCGAACCUGUGAUUAGCUUCUUGGAGUACUCUAAAGUGCUAGUGAUUAAUUUAUCCAAAUAAAUCAACAACUACAAUUACUCAUUGAAUUGGGGUUCUAGAGACGUCAUUCAUUUUUUUUUAUGAAUGAAAUCUUAAAGCCUGUGUCAAGUGUAAACAAAAGCUCUGCGAAACGUCUAUCUGAUAAAAGUGUUUCAAAAAUAUCAACUGGUAACCAGUGUUUAUUAGUAAGCUCAGUUCAUCUUAAUAAAAGGAUAUUAUUCAAUCGUUGAGUGAUUAUUAUGAUAAGAAGUGUAUUGUGAUUCAUAUGAUUUAACAUUAUUAUAAAGAAUCAGUGUAGUUUGACGAACAAAUUGACCACGCAAAAUGAGCCGAUAUCAUUGUAGCGUUGUGUUGCUGGCUCUCUUAGCAUUUCUCACUGCUAAGGUGCACUUAGUAGAAGCGGAUUCGGUGGUUCCACCGGUCAGUUCCAUCGGUGCUAAGUCUGUCAUAAACAACAUCAAUGGCACUGCUUCAACGUACAAUGGAGGAUCGUCAGCUAAGGUUGAGCAGGAUCAACACCACCAACAACCCAGUGGCACUCCAAACCAUCAACAGCGCACCUGUUCUACCGUACAUCCGCUAUUUGAGCAACGCGGUUUCAACACUGCCAACAUGCCAACUGACCCAGUUACAGACAGACCAUUACGAUACUGUGAUGUGCCACCUGGAGGCACCUGUUGUACCCACACAAUCGAAACUAAACUAGCAGUGCACGCAAAAACCACGCUGGAACGGAAUACCAAAGACUCAAUCUCGAAGCUGUCGUCGGUGCUGGGACAUCGCGCGCAAAAGUUCAAUGCGACCUCCUACGUCAUCAGAUGACCAAAGCGGAUUUGAGCACCACUGGAAGAGGGCGAUCGCCUUCCAAUCCGGGAACCGGCGCUGUCGCUGAAGAGUCUCGAUGGUCCAGUUCAGCUCUCUCGACGCUUGGCCUCAGCUCCUCAGAAAAACCCUUAAAUAAACA